UAAGAAAAAAAAAACCGGAGGCGCGAUCGCGCAGGUUCUGGAUCGCGAUGUUCUCGAUCGACGGUAUCCUAAACUAUAUUCGCCUGUCCCUGUAAGAAUGGCUUUUGCCCGUACUGAGCGUAUAUAAGACAGACGACGUCCUAUCACAAAGCGCAGUGUUAGAUUACCCGCACGUCGUCGUCAACAACGAGCAUCGUGUUAUUAAGCAAAGUCUCCCCGGUGUUUCUACAUUCAGUGACCUAUCGAGCGUUUCAUCGGGAUCACCUCGAUCGCGAACGAACCGUCUCCCGGGAUCUGAUUCGAUCGACACGCGAAUUUCGCACUGGGACCUCGUCGCGUCAAGGUUCAUUCGUACAGAAAACCCGUAACGAAUUUAUUCACCAUGGAAACGAUAUUGGCGUCCGGUCUGGGAAGCUCCGAUCGUAUCGAGGGCACCAAGAUACAAACGAACUUCGCCAAAGAUAUGCAGAAAAAGAAAAAGUACACGCUGGCGGAUCUGCCGGACACAGACAGCAUUGGCAUGGACUAUCACAUCCAAACGGUGACCAAGGAUGACAAGCUCAGGAUACUGAAGUUCCUCAGGAGGUUCUUCUUCAGGGACGAGCCGCUUAAUCACUCGAUCCAGUUGAUACCGGAAGGCGAGGACAGCACCUGCCUCGAGCUGGAGGAGUAUUGCAGCAUGUCGGCGGUGGAGAACAAUCUCAGCUUCAUGGCGGUCUCGAACAGCGGCGCUAUAGUGGGUGUCGUGUUAAAUGGGAAGAUGGAUCCGCCGAGCGACGAGGAACCGGAAUAUUUGACCGCUUGCGAGAACCCAAAAUUCAAGAAGAUUCUCAGGUUACUGCGUUACGUUGACAAAAACGUGAACAGCGACGGACAGUACCGGGGAUUGAACAUCCUGGAAAUUAGGAUAAUCUCCGUAGACCUGAGCUGGAGGGGCAAAGGGAUCGGUAAAGCUCUCAUAGAAAAAACGAUUGAAGUCGGGCGGGAAAAAGGAUUUCACUUCACACGUGCCGACUGUUCGUCCUUCUUCUCCGGGAAACUUUGCGCGGGAUUGGGCUUCGAGCCAAUAUACGAGCUACCUUACGCGGAUUAUGUCGACGAAGAUGGCAAGCCUGUAUUUUCACCGGCACUUCCGCACACGUCGAUCGUUACGUACGUUAAGAAAUUGUGAACGGCAGCAUAAUCUAUUUU